GUUUUGUCUAGUUUCCUAACUGAAGGGGACACUAGCCGCCAUUGUUACAACCACGCUUAGAGAGACAGAAUCUCAAUUCUUCUCUAAUCAAUUUUUAAUUUUAUUUAUUUUUGUAUGAGUCAAAAAGUCGAACUUCCGAGUCUUACUGGUCACCGCACCAAAACCCGAAAAAGGGAUGAGAAGAAGAUUUAUGAUCCAACUGGAUUUAGGGAUUUCCUCGUCGAGUCUCUCGAGUCUACAGGUUCUGACCUUUCUUUGUUUGUAGGUUCUGACCUAGAAGCACUGUUUAAAUUCCUGGAUGCUGCCGGGAACAAGACUGAUUACGAUUACAGGAGGUAUGGUGAAGCCCUGCUUGAGAUUCUCAUUGCAGGGGGACUGCUAGCUCCUGGCGGUAGCAUUGCUAAAGAUGGAGACAAGUUGGUUUCCACAAAUUUCUGCGUCUUUCAGGACGCGACCGACCUUGAUCGGAUCAAAGCUUGGGAUCAGGUGUUCAUCAAGCUGAUGCGUCGGUACAAGUACCUGGAGAAGAUGCUCACUGACGAGAUGAAGAAGAUUCUCGUUUAUCUUAGGGGAUUCUCAGAGGAGCACAGGAGCCGGCUAGCUCAGAUAACCGCCCUCUGGGUUGUCUCUGGACUGAUCGCUCCCAAUACCCUUGCUGUCGUCAUCAAUGAGCAUCAGGUUAAGGACGGAAUUGCUCUUAACUUCAUCCUGGAGAUUUUCGCUACAGUGAAGGCUGAAAAGUCAUCCUCCACUGUUGUGACCCUGUUGAAGAGAUCAGGAUUAGAACUCAACCUGGAGCUCCUUUUCCCUCCCAACAAGAGAACUCCUGAGAAUAUCAAGAACAGUUUCUUGUCAGCUGAUCUCCUAGAUGUAGUCACUUACCUAGCGAACCAGGAGAAUGCUGGCGCUAAGAAGGAUAUUCAGCGUAGUUUAAGAACCAGUAUCUCCGAGGGAAAACCUGUAAAGGAGAUUAUUGUAGAAAUGAGGGAAAGUGUCAAGAAGAACGGUCUUCAGGAAGCUGAGGCUGUAUCUAUGAUCUGGUCUGCUGUUAUGACUGCUGUUGAGUGGAAUAAGAAAGAAGAUCUGGUUCAGGAUCAAGCCCUGAAGCAUAUUAAGCAGUUUAUCCCUCUAUUCGCUGCAUUCACCACUUCUGCCAAAUCUGAGAUGGUCCUACUCAAUAAGAUUCAGGAUUUCUGUUAUGACAACCAGAACUUCCUGAAGUGUUUCAACAAGAUUGUUCUUCUUUUCUACAAAACCGAGGUUUUAUCUGAGGAAGUGAUCUUGAAGUGGUACAAGGACGGACACGCCCCCAAGGGGUGGACUGUCUUCAUGGGACAGAUGAAGAAGUUCAUCGAGUGGUUGGAGCACGCUGAGUCAGGUAUCAAGAAUCAGCGAGUAGCUCUGAGUCUACCUGUCCUAGCCGCAGUUACAAGUUCAGCACAACAUCCAUGGAUUCAAAAUCUGUGGUUGGUUAAAGAAGCUGAUAACUCACUUCAGCUCGCGGCCCAGUCUGUAGACCCUAACCUGAGUGAACCUGAAGCUCAAAACAUUAUCCCAGAGCUGAUCCUACGAACCUGCGAAUCUAUUCUCAACCGAGGAUGCACUGACUCGACUGGUUUAGUUUGUCUAGUGCAGAAAUCCUUAAAAUUAUCACUAACUCCGCAGCUUACUGAGGCAUAUCUACAAGUUUUGAUAGUUCAAAAACUUCUGGAAAUCUCGAACCUGGAGUUAAUGGUCGAACUAGCGGAAUUAUUGACAGAAUAUAUUCCAACGGAAGUUGAAAAUUGGGUAGCGGAAUAUUUGGAACAUGAAGAAUGGAAAUACGUUCAGGCUGAGAACUAUUCCCCGCUGUAUCCUGCUCCCAAGUUCCUAAUUCAACUUUGCUCUCAGAGCAAUAUUCUCUUCACUAGAGCAACGGCUGUCUUUCAAACCAUACUCAGGGAGACUGGCUUUAAUGCCAAGAUACUGCAUCUAUACAGAUCAUUUCUAGUCAGUGUUCUCCAGUUUUCCAGUGACCCUAUUUCUUUGUUCCCGGGUCAACUGCGGGGUUUAGCUAAUCAGCUUCUCCGAUCUCAAGAUUUAGCUGAUAUAUCUCUCUCCUCUGAUACUGAUACUAGCUCCGGUAUUGAGAGCACACGAGGCACUAUUCAACAAUUAGUCAAACAAGCCAAGAUCACGUGUCCCUGGUUGAAAUUAAGCCUGGAGAAUCCUCUCAGUGUGCUGUACCCGCAUAUAUUUUCCUCAAGUUUCAUCACUACAUUAGAAUCGGAAGAGGAGGAUUCAGAUGAGGAGUAAUGUUUGAUAAACGCCUCCUUGGUCCAGUUUACACCUCCCGCCCUACUAGCUGGACACAUUCAACCUUCUAGACACGCCUAGUUUCAGGACUUAUCUCUAGUGAUUCAUCUGUACACGCUCAUUUCAACCAGCGCUGAUAAUUUCUUAUUUCAAAAAAUGUAAUUUCAAGUUUAUCUGUCCCACAUAUCUUUUAUUGUGCAACCUAAUGAUAUUUUGAUGUUCGAAUACUCGAGUUCUUUUUUAUUCAUCCGAGUUCAUACCCUACCACCAGUCUAUGCAUUUUUCUGUGGACAAACCGGUUUUUCGUGUUGCCAAACUGGUUUCUUUAAAUGUGAACAAUUGAGGAUUAUAUUUACAUUUCUACUUUUCUAGAAUAGGUGUCAAAUCAAGGAGGUGGAUCCAAAAUAAACCAUUUUUCAUAUUGAA